AUGACCGUUUGGGAGCAUCUAACUGGCUAUGCUGUGGCUGAUCCUACUGAGCCAGGUGAAGACGAAGACUCCGUGGAGCAGCAGCUGGAGGAUUUGGGCAGCAUGAACAGGGAAAGAACAAAGAGGAGAAAAUUGACAAAAGAACAAUUAUCAGAUGAGUCAAAAGAUAAAUGUAAAGAGACUCAGAGUAAGCCCUCUAAUGGCCAUGGUGAAACUGAUCACCUAAGUGAGGUCUCACGCAAUAAGACUUUGAAUGACAACACCCUACAUCAAUGCAUAGGAGAACCAGGAGCUCUGGGAACCAGGCUACGGCACCCCGCAGUUGAAGUCACAGGCUACCGCCUUCUGGAACUGUGGGCAAUGUGUGUGGGUAAAGGAAUGAGUCCCGGCAGUCUCGUGAAACAGGAAAGGCAACGUCCCCACCUCUACCGGAGAAGGAAACGGAGCUCUGAGGAGACAGGGGAGUCGCCAAAAGCAUCGCGAGAACGCGGCCGGCCCACGAUCAGAACCACAGCUUCCGGCUCUGCGCAGGCCUGCGGGCCCCCCUCACCGCCCGCGGUCGACGGCAGUGGCCCGGGCGACAGGCAGCCUCGGCUUCCGGGGACGCUGGCGGCCCCUCCGUGUGGCGCCUCCGUAACCGGAAGGAGCCAAGGAGCUGCACGCGGAAGAGUCCCCGGCGUGGGCGCACCACGCCACGCCCGCCGUGCGAAACUUUUGACUCGGAAAAGUCCUUCCCAUCUCCAAGGCCUUCAGAACACAAACAGCGAGUCCCGGGAAGCGGGCGGGGACGGGCGGGGAUCCGCGCCCGGAAGGGGGAGGAGGGGAGGCGGGCCGGGGCGGAGGGGACCCGAGCGCAGGAGUCGGGCCGCCCCUCCCCGUCCCGCCCCGCCCCGCCUCGGCGUGGCCGUCCCGAGCCCACACCCGCCGCCCGCCGCGCCCAGCUCCCAGCUCCCAGCUCCCAGCGCUGCGCUCCCCCGCCGCCGCCGCCGCCGGACCGCUUCGUGCCCGUCCCGCGAACACAUGGCAAAAAUGUCCAGCCCUACGGAGACUGAGCGGUGCAUCGAGUCUCUGAUUGCUGUUUUCCAGAAGUUUGCUGGAAAGGAGGGUAACAACUGCACACUCUCCAAGACAGAGUUCCUAACCUUCAUGAAUACAGAACUGGCUGCCUUCACAAAGAACCAGAAGGACCCUGGUGUCCUUGACCGCAUGAUGAAGAAACUGGACCUCAACUCUGAUGGGCAGCUGGAUUUCCAAGAAUUUCUUAAUCUUAUUGGUGGCAUGGCCAUAGCUUGCCAUGACUCCUUUACAAGGUCUCCCCAUUUCCGGAAGUAAAUCGGAGGGGUUCCUGGGCCUGGCCUCCAGACCACCUCUUUCCUUCAAAACAGCUUCCCAAUCAUCACAUCCUUCUCACAUCCUACACAGACCUGAGCCCACAGUGUCCACCACCCUGUGCAGGCCAGUCCUGCUGGUAGUGAAUAAAGCAAUAGCAUUUUUUUAAAGCACACACUAGAGUCAGUACAUUUGUGCCAGGGAGGAAGAAACGUGGGAGGAAUGGAAUUUGCAUGAUGGAAGCAGUUUCCAGAGCUGCACAAUAAAUAGUGAAAAUACA